AUGAAAGCUAUCUUUAUUCAUAUCUAUCUAUCUAUCAAUCUAUCUAUCUAUCUAUCUAUUUUCAUACCUAUUUUAGUAUUUUAUCUAAUCAGUUUAGCUAGCUAUCUAAGCUAUCUCUUUAUUCAUAUCUAUCUAUCUAUCAAUCUAUCUAUCUAUCUAUUUUCAUACCUAUUUUAUAUGUCUUUUAUUCAUAUCUAUCUAUCUAAACAAUUUAUCUAUCUAUCUAUUCUUCUAUACUAUCUUUUACUAUUUUAUUCAUAUCUAUCUAUCUAUCAAUCUAUCUAUCUAUCUAUCUAUUUUCAUACCUAUUUUACUAUUUUUAUUCAUAUCUAUCUAUCUAUCUAUCUAUCUAUCUAUCUAUCUUUCUUUCAUACCUAUUUUAGUAUUUUCUAUCUCAACAUUUUUAAUAUGAAAGCUAUCUUUAUUCAUAUUCUCUAUCUAUCUAUCUAUCUAUCUAUCUAUCUUUUUCAUUCCUAUUUUAUAUGUAUUUUUAUUUUCAUAUCUAUCUAUCUAAACAUUUUUAAUUCCUAUUCUAUCUAUCUAUCUAUCUAUCUAUCUAUCUAUUUUCAUAUCUUUUUUCAUAUCUAUCUUCUAAACAUUUUUAAUUCUAGCUAUCUAAAGCUAUCUUUAUUCAUAUCUAUCUAUCUAUCUAUCUUUCUAUCUAUUUUAGCUAUCUAUCUAUCUAUCUUUAUUCAUAUCUAUCUAUCUUUUUCUAUCUAUCUAUCUAUCUAUUUUCAUACCUAUUUUAGUAUUUUCUAUCUAUUUAUCUAUUCUUUCUAUCUAUCUAUCUAUCUAUUUUUAUCUAUCUAUCUAAACUAUCUUUAUUCAUAUCUAUCUAUCUAUCAAUCUAUCUAUCUAUCUAUCUAUUUUCAUACCUAUUUUAGUCUAUCUAAACAUUUUCAUAUCUAUCUAUUUAUCUAUCUAUCUAUCUUUUGUCUUUAUUUUAUUCAUAUCUAUCUAUCUAAACAUUUUUUAAUUCCUAUCUAUCUAUCUAUCUAUCUAUCUAUCUAUCUAUACUUUUUAUUUUUUCAUAUCUAUUAUCUAAACAUUUUUAAUUCCUAUCUAUCUAUCUAUCUAUCUAUCUAUCUAUCUAUCUAUCUAUUUUUUUAUUCUUUUUUAAACAUUUUUAAUUCCUAUCUAUCUAUCUAUCUAUUCAUAUCUAUCUAUCUAUCAUCUGUCUUUUUAUUCAUAUCUAUCUAUCUAUCAUUUUUUAAUCUAUCUAUCUAUCUUCAUACCUAUUUUAUAUUUUUUAUUCAUUUCUAUCUAUCUAAAGCAUUUUUUAAUUCAUAUCUAUCUAUCUAUCUAUCAAUCUAUCUAUCUAUCUAUUUCAUACCUCUUUUUCAUUUCUAUCUAUCUAAAGCAUUUUUUUCUUUCCUAUCUAUCUAUCUCUAUCUAUCUAUCUUUCAAUCUAUCUAUUUAUUCAUCUAUCUAUCUAAACCUAUUUUAGUAUUAUCUAUCUAUCUAUCUAUCUAUCUAUCUUUGAAACUAUCUUUUAUUCAUAUCUAUCUAUCUAUCUAUCUAUCUAUCUAUCUAUCUUUUUUCAUACCUAUUUUAGUAUUUUCAUAUCUAUUUCUAUCUAUCUUUGAAAGCUAUCUUUUAUUCAUAUCUAUCUAUCUAUCAAUCUAUCUAUCUAUCUAUUUUCAUAUCUAUCUAUUUUGUAACUAUCUUUAUUCAUAUCUAUCUAUCUAUCAAUCUAUCUAUCUAUCUAUCUUUUUUCAUAUCUAUUUUACUAUCUUUUAUUCAUAUCUAUCUAUCUAUCAAUCUAUCUAUCUAUCUAUUUUCAUACCUAUUUUAGUAUUUUCAUAUCAGUUUUCAUCUAUCUAUCUAAACUUUUUUAUUCAUAUCUAUCUAUCUAUCUAUCUAUCUAUCUAUCUAUUUCAUACCUCUUUUAUUCAUUUUCUAUCUAAACAUUUUUUAAUUCCUAUCUAUCUAUCUAUCUAA